AUGACCAAUUCCCAUGAGCCCCUGCAGGCUCUCGCCCCAGCCGACUGGAACGACCUCCCGCAGGAUGACCUAGCCGCCUACAUGAACCACAUUUUCGCCCAGUCCAUGAUUGUCGUCGAGUCGAUCCCAUCCCCUUCUUCUGCAGCCACAUCAGCAAGUUCAGGACGGGCACGCGCCAAGACCGAGUCCGCCGCCGUUUUGCGCAAUGACGCCCAGCGGUUCCGGGCGCUGCGUCAGCCCGCGGCUUCCUUGGAGGCUGCCAUGGCGCUGCGCAAAGAUUGGAAAGAGGUCAAAGUCAAUCCCAAGGAAAAUCCUCUAGGUAUCAAUGUCUUUAAAAUGUCCAGCAAAGACGGCAAAGGUGCCUGGUUCGCCCGGCAGAGCGUCCACGAGGGCCUCUCUUUUGACGAUUGGAAAGUCGGCCUGGAGCGCGAGUUUGCUGAGAGUCUCAAGGUGCAAGGCUCACCGGGUGUGGGCAACAUUCGAGGAAUCGGAGCCGACAGACACGUGGAAGACAAGGACAUUGAAGAUGCUGGCCAUCUGAGUGUUUUCCAACUGUCCGCUCAAUUUCCGGGUCCUACCUCACCUCGAGACUUCAUCACCUUGUUGCUUACCUCUGACCUCUCCCAUAAAGCAGAAAAUCAAGUCGGAGGUCUACGCCAGUAUAUUAUUGUUUCAAAACCAUGCAACCACAGCGAAUGUCCGCCUCGUCAGGGCAUCAUCCGUGGGCAGUACGAGUCUGUCGAAAUUAUUCGAGAGGUUCACGUUGAGCCUCCCAUGGCGAAGCGGUCAAUGUCCGCGGCUGACCUAGCCGUCAACGACGAUCGCCGCGCAAGUUCUGAUAUCAAGAUGAGCAACUCGGAGCGCCUGCAGGAUGCUCGGCCAGUGGCGGUGGAGUGGCUUAUGGUGACGCGCAGUGAUCCCGGAGGCAGUGUCCCUCGGUUCCUCAUUGAGAAAGGCACCCCGCCUGGCAUCGUCGGCGACGCUGGUAAAUUUCUCAAAUGGACCACGGCUGGGUCGCGCCGGAAUUGGGACGAGUCUGUCACAGCAUCUACCACGCAAACACCGGCAGAAAAAAUAAACGGCGCACAAGGAAGCGCGCCGGUGGCCACUACAGAGACGCACACCAACACUACUACGACGGCGAAUCAUCUCAGUCGCAGCGAUAGCACCUUUCAGAGCCACGACGGUGACGAUAACUCGGUUCCAAGCAGCAAUGGCAUAUACGGCAUCAUCACCGGCAUUUUCGGCAUCGCAUCUUCGGUCGUCGCUAAUGGCCUCGGCCUCAACUACGCCAGCAGCGAGGAGAGCAUAUCCACGAUUCCUGCCAUUACCGUCCAGGAACACGAGGAUGAAGGCAUGGAAAGCGACAGCUCCUCCACGCGCUCUUUUCUGUCCGCCCUCGAGAAGCGCCUCAGCCAAGAGCCAAGGGCCAACAACGACGGCAGCCAAUCCGAAGACUCCAAGUCCACCACCACCACAAAUCCAAACGCGUCCGCCGCGUCCGCCGCUGCCGGCGCGCCCGCCCCCAUCGGCCCCGCGGGCGAAAAGGAGCUGCGCAAGCUGCAGGAGCGGCGCCGCAAAAUCGACGAGAAGAUGGUGCUCAUGCAGUCGCGGCUGCAGAGCAAGAGCCAGGGCGACCGCGCCAAGGACGAGGCGUCGCUCGCCAAGCUGCGCGAGAAGCUGGACAGGGAGGCGGCCAAGCAGGAGCAAAAGUACCAGCGCGAGCUGCAGAAGCUCGAGGAGAAGCGCGAGAGUGAGGCGAGGAAGGCGGAGCAAAAGAGGAGAAAGGCGGCCGAAAAGGAGGAAAAGUCGAGCAUGGCGCUCGAGCUGGAGCGCGUGAGGGCCGAGCUCGACCUGGCCCGCCAGACCAGCCGCAUCCUCGAGGGUCAGGUGCGCGAGCUGCAGGCGCAGAAUACGCAGCUCGUGGCCAAGUUGGGCAAGAUGGGCGGCUUGAGCAGCGCGGAGCUUCCGUUGCAGUCAAGCGGGAACGCGCCCGACACGGCUGCAGAGAAGCAGACGUAG